GAAAAAAAAAACUGUGGAAAAAAACUAUUUCACUCCGAGGUACGAACGGGUCCGUGGAGGCGCAAUGGCCCAGUGGUUAGGGAAGCGGACUCGCGGUUUCGAUUCCCAGACCGGGCGUUGUGAGUGUUUAUUGAGCGAAAACACCUAAAGCUCCACGAGGCUCCGGCAGGGGAUGGUGGUGAACCCAGCUCUACCCUUUCACCACAACUUUCUCUCACUCUUUCUUCCUGUUUCUGUUGUGCCUGUAAUUCAAAGGGCCAGCCUUGUCACACUGUGUCACGCUGAAUAUCCCCGAGAACUACGUUAAGAGUACACGUGUCUGUGGAGUGCUCAGCCACUUGCACGUUAAUUUCACGAGCAGGCUGUUCCGUUGAUCGGAUCAACUGGAACCCUCGACGUCGUUGUUGGCGACGGAAUGCCAACAACAACGAACGGGUCUUUUACGAAAUAUUUACCGUUGAAAGUAUGUGAAGUAAGGCAUUCCUUCGAUAUAACUCGACAAAAUCAAAACACUUCACUUCGGGUGUUUCCGUGAAAAGCUGAAAAGCACGAAAAGAAAAACAAAACUCCGUUUGUCUUUUCCGGAAAAAAGUGGCUUGCAACAGAUUAACAGAUGACAUUGGCAUAAAAGAACAUUUUUACAUUGGCUGUAUCAUCUAUAUUUAUCUUUUAAAGAUUAAGGAGAAUGAUGUACAGAAGAGAUAUAAACCUUAUACGAUAAAUCUAUGGCAGGGUCACUGUGAAAUACUUGCUCUCAACUGAGAUUAACAGCAGCAUUUCUCUAUGUCUUGUCUGAUGUGUUUGAAUUCUAAUUAAACUUGGAUGAAUUUCUAAGAAUUCUGAGGAUAUUUAGAUUUCAGUGAAGAUUGCAGCUGAGAGCAGUGGAAAUACUUGCAAGUAAUAAACGGUAACUAGAAGAAAAAUCAAAGUAUACACUGUGGUGGCAAAAGAUAGAUAAGGGAAAAGUUUAACACGGUGAAAACUUUAAGGAUUUGGUCUAUUUUGUCACUUGAAGAAAUGUCAAAAGAUAGACAGAAAUCAUCAUAUCAUUGUGGUGUAUGCGGUAAAAUAUUCUCUGCAAAAAAUGUUUUGACUAAACACCAACUAAUUCAUACAGGAGAGAAGUUAUUUCACUGUGAUACUUGUGGUAAAUCAUUCUCUCAAAUUGAUAAGCUAAGGUCUCACAAAUGUAUUCAUACAAGAGAAAAGCCAUUUCACUGUGAUAUUUGUGGUAAAUCAUUCAGGACAAGUAGUCAUGUAACUAUACACAAGCGUAUACAUACAGGAGAGAAACCAUUUCAUUGUGAUGUUUGUGGAAACUCAUUCUCUCAAAAUGGUAUCCUAUCUAGACACAAACGUAUUCAUACAGGAGAGAAACCAUAUCCCUGUGAUACCUGUGGCAAAUCCUUCUCUCAUAGUAAUGUUUUGAUUAAUCACAAGCGUAUUCACACAGGGGAGAAACCAUAUUGCUGUGAUGUCUGUGGUAAAUCAUUCUCACAGAAUAGUACGUUAAUGAAACAUGAACGUAUUCACACAGGAGAGAAGCCAUAUCACUGUGAUAUCUGUGGUAAAUCAUUCUCUGUAAGUUGUAGUUUAACUACUCAUAAACGAGUUCAUACUGGGGAGAAACCAUUUCACUGUGAUAUUUGUGGUAAAUUCUGCUCAACUGCAAGUCAAAUAAGUUUUCAUAAACGUAUUCAUACAGGAGAGAAACCAUAUCGCUGUGAAAUCUGUGGUAAAUCAUUCUAUCGAAAUGUUUUGUUAACUAUACACAGACGUGUUCAUACAGGAGAGAAACCAUUUCAUUGUGAUGUGUGUGAUAAAUCAUUCUCUGUAUGUAAUGCCUUAACUACUCACAAGCGUAUUCAUACAGGAGAGAAGCCAUAUCACUGUGAUAUCUGUGGUAAAUCAUUCUCUCACCCUAAUGUCUUAAUUUGUCAUAAACGUAUUCAUACAGGGAAGAAGCCCUAUCACUGUGAUAUUUGUGAUAAAUACUUCUCACAAAAUAGUACCUUAACAAAACACAAACGUAUACAUACAGGAGAGAGACCAUUUCAGUGUCAAUUUUGUGGCAAAUCAUUCUCUCGAAUGGAUCACUUAGUUAAACACAAACGUAUUCAUACAGGGGAGAGACCAUUUCACUGUGAUGUUUGUGGUAAAUCAUUUCUUGCAAAUAGUGCCUUAACUACUCACAAACAUAUUCAUACAGGAGAGAAGCCGUAUCACUGUGACAUUUGUGGCAAAUCAUUCACUGGAAGUAGUGAGUUAACUAAACACAAACGUAUUCAUACAGGAGAAAAGCCAUACCACUGUGAUGUCUGUGGUAAAUCUUUCUCUGUAAGUAAUGCCUUAACUACUCACAAGCGUAUUCAUACAGGAGAGAAGCCAUUUCACUGUGACAUUUGUGGUAAAACUUUCUCAGUAAGUAAUGCAUUAAUGAGUCACAAACGUAUUCAUACAGGGCAGAAGCCAUAUCACUGUGAUAUCUGUGAUAAAAGCUUCUCACAAAAUAGCACCUUAACUAAACACAAACGUAUACAUACAGGAGAGAAACCAUUUCAAUGUCAUGUUUGUGGCAAAUUCUUUUCUCGAAUAGAUCACGUAAUUAAACACAAACGGAUUCAUACCGGAGAGAAACCAUUUCAGUGUGGUGUUUGUGGCAAAUCCUUUGCAACAGGUAGUGCCUUAACUUCUCACAAACGUAUACAUACUGGGGAGAAGCCAUAUCACUGUGAUAUCUGUGGUAAAUCAUUUUCUGGAAGAAGUGAGUUAACUACUCACAAGCGUAUUCAUACAGGAGAGAAGCCAUAUCACUGUGAUGUCUGUGGUAAAUCAUUCUCUUACCCUAAUGUCUUAAUUUAUCACAAACGUAUUCAUACAGGUGAGAAGCCAUAUCAGUGUGAUAUCUGUGGUAAAUCCUUCUCUCAAAAUGGUAAUUUGUCUAAACACAAACGUAUUCAUAGAGAGUAACCAUUUCACUGUAAUAUGUGUGGUAAAUUAAUCGCCCAAAAAUGUAUCUUAGCUUUACAUGUAUCUAUCUAUACAAAGAUGUGACUAGCCUUGUCAAAAUUAAUUACAUUUUACAACAGCAAACAAUAUUUUAAAACCAUUUUCCAUAAUAAAUCAUGGAUUCAUAUUAUGCACGUAAAAAUAAUCCACGACAAUAAUUAUACAUAUGGUUCUGUUUUUGAAGUUAUGUUUUGUAGACUGAUGCAUUUUCUUAUGCCAACCCUUGCAGUGGUGUCUUACCUUGGAUACACAUAUUUUAUAUGGACGUGCUAUAUUUUUAAAAUUCAAUGUAUGUAUGUAUGAAAUCACUCAUAACCAUAAAUGUAUUUGUGGAGGCAAGAUAUUGCAUAGUGAUAACGAGUGGUUGUGACUAUAUUUUAUAUUACUCCAGCUAUAUCUUCAUUGGUUAUGUAACACAGGAUUGAGAUAUUUUCAAUAAAAGCAUAUUCAUAUA